AUGUCGCAGAUAAAGUAUAUGCUUUUAGCUUCUAGACAGGGGAAGACAAGAUUGAUCAGAUGGUUUCAAACAUUAGAUCCAAAACAGAAGACACAAAUACUAAGGGAAGUGACAACAACUGUACUUUCCAGAAAAUCGAAAAUGUGCAAUAUUCUGGAGUAUCAAGACCAUAAAGUUGUCUACAAAAGGUAUGCUAGUUUAUACUUCAUUGCAGGUAUAGAUUCAGAAUCAGAUAAUGAGCUUUUGACUUUAGAGAUCAUACAUAGAUUCGUGGAAACUAUGGAUAAAUACUUUGGGAAUGUCUGUGAAUUGGACAUCAUAUUCAACUUCAGUAAGGCGUACAGUAUAUUGGAUGAAAUGAUAAUGUGUGAUGGAUCAAUAAUAGAAACAAGUAAAGAGGAAGUUAUUCAUGCAGUUGCCUCAAUGGAUGCAAUUGAAUCAAAUGAUGACCUUGAUAGAGUUUUAAGCUGA